AUGCUCACGUGGACGUCGCGCGGCGACCGUGCAAGCCUUCGUGAAAUCGCCGGGAAUCGCUGCCUCGAUAAGUUGAGCUGGAUUUUUGGAGUGGGACUAUCAGGAGUUCUCGAUCCUCAUGUUGGGUUGCAUUGUAACCCUGACGGACAUGCAGUUAAUAUCUCCGUUGCCAUAAUAUGCUCCGAGCCAUCUAUCGCAUUGAAGCCAACCGUAUUGCAGCUCGGAUCAUUUGCCGUGCUUUGUGGUUCGACAAGCGGUAGAACUGUUUCAUCGGAGGUACUAAGAAUCACUCACGAGCAAAAAUCUGCGAGUGCAGCGAAUCUUUCGGCCGUUCCGCAGAGUCGAGCGGUUUCAUCUUCACGGCUUUCGCCAUUGUUUGGAAGUCCUCCAAAGCCAGUGCCACGACCUAAGGCCGUUGUUCGCGGUGUAAGACUAUUUUGUUCAGGAAAUCUACCAUCACAUAAGCGCGUCACGCUACCAGCCCUGUCUCCUACAAUGGAGCACGGAACUGUGGUCAGCUGGCAGAAGAAAGAAGGCGAUCAGCUGAGUGAAGGUGAUUUGCUGUGCGAAAUUGAAACUGACAAGGCAACCAUGGGUUUUGAAACCCCGGAAGAGGGUUACCUAGCGAAGAUACUAAUACCUGAAGGCUCAAAGGACGUGCCCAUAGGAAAGUUGUUGUGCAUUAUUGUGGAUAGCGAAGAUGAUGUAGCCGCAUUCAAAGACUUCAAGGAUGAUUCGUCAGGAGCUCCUCCGCCUGCUGCGGCUGCUGCUGCUCCUCCGCAACCGCCACCAGCUGCUAAAGCAGCGGCACCUCCGCCACCUCCUCCUCAAGUUGCCGCUCCACCUCCACCACCACCACCUCCUCCAGCUCCUACUCCAGCACCGGGUGCUGCUCCUCCUCCAGGAGCACAUGUAGGUGCGACACCAUUCGCUAGGAAACUUGCUGCUGAACGUGGUGUUGAUUUGGGAGCAGUUACAGGAACAGGUCCAGGUGGGCGUAUACUUGCCGCAGACCUUGCCGGAGCUCCUGGUGGUGCAGCUGCUGCACCAGGAGUGGCGAGGGCUCCAUCUGUUCCGGGCGCAGACUAUACCGAUAUUCCGUUGACAAACAUGCGACGCACCAUUGCAAAACGAUUGUCGGAGAGCAAGAGUACUAUACCUCAUUACUACCUAACUUCCGAAAUCAAUAUCGAUGCUCUACUCAAAGUGCGUGAAAAACUAAAUGCUCUGCUAGAAAAGGGAUCAGCUUCUGGUUCAACAAAGAUCUCCAUAAACGAUUUUAUCGUUAAGGCUUCGGCGCUGGCAUGUCUUCGUGUUCCAGAAGCGAACAGCUUUUGGAUGGAAUCAUUCAUUCGUCAAAACAACAAUGUUGACGUAAGCGUAGCGGUUAGCACUCCAGCUGGAUUGAUCACCCCAAUCAUUUUUAAUGCUCAUGCGAAAGGCCUUGCUACCAUAUCGAGCGAGGUUACCGAGUUAGCUGCUCGUGCGAGAGAAGGGAAACUUCAGCCGCAAGAGUACCAGGGCGGCACUUUCACUGUAUCAAACCUCGGAAUGUUUGGCAGCGUUAGCGACUUCACUGCCAUAAUCAAUCCUCCGCAGUCGUGCAUUCUUGCUAUCGGUGGAGCAGAAACAAAGAUGGUUCCGUGCGAAGAGCAAGGAUAUCGCAGUGUCAAAGUUAUGAAAGUUACAUUAUCCUGUGACCACCGUGUUGUUGAUGGUGCUGUCGGAGCCGUUUGGUUGCGCCAUUUCAAGGAAUUCUUAGAGAAGCCACAUACGAUGCUUCUGUAG